UCUAAACGUUAACGUCCGUCGCUCUCCUCAAAGACAAUAUCAUGCUCGCGCUGGCCCCUGCUCUGCAGCACAACCCGUCUGACAGUCACCAUAGAGCGCCUUCUGUCCAUUCUUCCGGAUCCUCUUCUCGCCCGUCGAGACCGCUUCCCCGCAAGGCGGCCUCCUCUUCGACGUCGACGACGUACUCUUCCGCAUCAUCAUCAUCGACAACCCCUUCCGCGAGCAGGGCGUCCAGUGUGGCCUCGUCUCCGCCCCAGUCGCACCGAAUUCGGCCGCCACUGCAAACUUCAUCGUCCUCAUCAGCGGCGUCGACGUCGCACAGCAGGACGGCAUCCAUACCCGUAGGAGGAGUGGGUCCACCGGCCAAGGCUCCUUCAGUGGAGCAUUCAUCGGCUAAGUCUGGCUCUUCCCCUGCCCCCAGUCAGUCAAAGACUCCCGAGACGAAAGCGGACUCGCCCGGAUUUGACAUCCACACAUACCCCUCGACCGACCUCCUUAAGCUCCUGGCAUCCCUCCUAACCCAGAUCGCCGCUACCAAUGACGCGCUGGGCACUUCCUCUCCCACCUCUCCUACGUUCCAGUCCCAUUCUCGCUCGUCCUCCGUUUCCGAUAAUGCGCCACACUCGCCUGUAUGGGAUACCUUGACAACCGCUUCGAAAACCGCCCUUUCCGUACCGUCAUCUUCCCUAGCCUUCCAUGCUCGCAACAUUCCCACCAUCUCACUCGAAGCGUACCUCCUGCGUAUACUGAAAUAUUGCCCAACGACAAACGAGGUGUUCCUGAGUCUGCUUGUCUACUUCGAUCGGAUGAGCAAGUUGACCCAGGAAGCCACCGGCAAGACGUUCGUGAUCGAUUCGUACAAUAUUCACCGGCUGGUAAUCGCUGGUGUCACCGUAGCGAGCAAGUUUUUCAGUGAUGUAUUCUACACGAAUUCGCGGUACGCGAAGGUCGGAGGCCUCCCGCAGGCGGAGUUGAACCAGCUCGAGCUGCAGUUCCUCUUACUGAACAACUUCAACCUGAUGAUCACGCCCGACGAGAUGCAGCGCUACGCCGAGCAGCUCAUCAUCUUCUCCCAGUCGCCGUCGCAGCAGAACCGGAAGGACCCGUGCGAACCCACUCCGUUGCCGCUAACAGUGUCGGACACGAGGCCUGCAGCCCCGAUGCAGGCCAUGGGUGCAGUCGACACUUACGGCGAUCAUGUGGGUUCAUGCAAGUCGCAUGCCUCACCGGCUCCUCCGAGGGCCUCCGAAGGGAGCGAGGCAGACCAUCCGUCCAAGACCCCGAACGUCCGCCCGCAGGUUCUCCAUCGGGGUUCCUCGUCUGGCGCGUCCACGCACUCGCGCUACUCCUCCGUCGAUUCAGCGUCAGAAGCUGGCGACACGGAGACGGAGUAUGACGGAGAGACGGACGACGAGCCGACGAUCCGGCCCAAUGGCUCUGAUACACAGAGUUUAUACAGCGUUGGGAGCGUCGAUGACCGGGAUGACAGCAUGGGAAGUCCCUGAGGUUGGGUUCCCAUCUGCAAAUACCAAAUAGAAUGCGGAACGAAGAUUAGAAUGGGAAAACGUGGUUGUGGGCGCUGUGUACGAUGCGAGGAUGGUGUGUAUUACUGUGGAAGUUGGAGGCGUUAAAGGUAAUUUAUACCGGUCCAUGGAGCCCUCGUGUUAUUUCUCCAAACCAUAAACCCAUUUCCAAUGUUUUCUCAUGUUUGCGUUCAACGUUACAUUAUGAUUGUUUACGACUUCUCGAGGCUGCGUGCUUUGGGCCAGAUUUCCUCAUUCUCCCCUGCAACGUCCCUGUUUCCAUCUCUCCUGCACGAUCCAUAUCCAUUGACUUUCAUGACCUGCCGCGCAACUAAUCAAGAAUGUCGUGUCUUGUGUGUAUGUGUAUACAGUAUACUACUUAGUAGUUUGUCAAUAUUAUACAUAGUCUUUUUUUUCCGCUUCUUCGCCUGACGAUGGAUGCUGCGG